AAAUCCACCGCUUUAUGCAGCUUUGACACACUGAAAAGUCGUACGUACUUCGUUACGACCAAGCGGGCAGCACUGGUAACAACUACCUACUCAAGACCACCGCAUCAUCAAGUAAGUAGGCAUCCACACGCCUUCUCUUACAUAACCGUAUGACCGUAUAACCGUAUCGGUAUUUCGAGUACAGAAAGAGAGAGAGAGGAUAUAAAAUUGUCGAUCGAAGCGUUGGCGCGUGGUUAAACCUGCACCGAAUUUCCCACGCAGCGCUGAACGGGAGACGAGUAGGUUCUUCAACAACAACAAUAAUAAUAACAACAACAAUAACAUCGCUGUUGCACAACCAUCGCCCGAUCAACGUUAAGUUUCGCGAUACAUCCCGUUCCAUAGUAAACAAUCGCAGACGGAUUUCCUAAUGUCUGGUAUGCAGCCACUGAGUUUGAUUUACAUGCUUGCCGACGAGUAUAUGCUGGCGUUGCCGUACAUGUUCCUAAACAUUAUAAAGGAGGAAAUACCUCGCUGGUUCACCUGGCUACCCAGGCUAAGGAAUUUCGUGAGCCAUAUGAUGUUGAAGACCGCUGAAGCAUAAACUGAGCGUCGAGCGGUGGCAAUCAGUACGAAGGCGGUGGCGGCGGCGACGGCUGCUGCUGCUUCUGAGAGCGUGGGAUACCGAGAGACGGUCGUUUUCUCCUCCGCCAACGCGCAUUGGGCAACGCGACUUCGGGACAGAUCCGUUGAGCAACCGCCGUCGACCCGUGCCGCCCUCACUCCAUCCGCGGUUACGCAACGCGACGCGUACAUAUAAAGCCUCCCUCCCCACCGCCGGACGUCACGUCAGACAUGUGCUUGCCCGUGGAUCACGGCGAUGCCGCGGUCAUUUCGUACCAAAAUUUCUUCGCAGCGACGCCGGUACAGCCGCUUCCUCCGACACGACCGCCGUACCAACAUCACCUCACACUUCGACAUCAGCGCCCGAUACCGUUGUUGACGUUGGCCGUGGUACCGGAAUCGUCUGCAUCGGCACCGGAAGACAACGCCACGACCGUCGCUGCCACACCGAAGCGGGCACAUAGGACUUUGCGUUGCACGUGUCACAACACACCGGCGGCCAUGCGAUUGGGCGUGAAACGACACGUGACGGCCACGGACGACGUCACGUUGUCCGUCCGGCUAUUCAUCACGCUGUCCAUCGCUAUCCUGGCAACCAAACUGAUCGCCGACGUCGUGUACUCGACUGGCGUGGACUGCUCCUUGGUGGGCAAUCCACACUCGUACAGGGCCAAGAGACAGUUGCCGCCGAUCGAACAGGGCAAUAUGGUGAUCGACAGCAUAUUUCAGAUUCCCAUAAAAACGCUCAGCGCCGUCGGGACACUAAUUAAGACCGCCCGUCCUCUGGUGCGCAGGACCCGCGAACGCAUCCAGCAGUACUACACGGGCUACCAGCAGCAAUACAGCAACGGUCAGCAGCAAUACGGCAACGGUCAGCAGCAGUACGGCAACGGUCAGCAGCAGUACGGCAACGGUCUGCAGCAAUACAGCAAUGGCCAACAGUACUACACCAGCGGUCAGAAGCGCUACAGCAUUGGCCGUCUGAACACCGACCAGCAAUCACGCCAGGACGAUGGAGGAGAAGAGUUCGUUCACCGGCCCAAGCGGACACAGGUGACUUAUCGGGUCAAGAACGAUCAGCCCGAGGGCCGCCGCCUAUACAAAUCCGAGGUUUACUGAUAUCUCCAGCGAUUUGUAACGAAAUACGAUGAGUUUUGUUACGAAUCGGUGCUCGGAUGUCCAAUAAUGGUGUUCCUCUCUAUUAUUGCUCAUAUCGCUGACUUACAUGUAAUAGAAAUGGCAGCGCACAUUUUGUAUAUUAUCCAUUGAAAAAAUCAAAUGCCACAUUUUAGGAUUACUACAUAAUAGUAUAUACAUUUCAUGUUAUGAAGUGUCACAACUAUAAUAUUAUACCGUUUAUAUAUUAUGAGGUAUUUAAUGUAUGCGUUUUUUUCUUUUAAGUUUGAAACAAUACGUUGAGUUUUAGUUUUUUUAACGAUUUUCUAAGACGGUCUUGAAAAUUAAUUUUGCUCCAAACAGGUUACGAAUUGACAAUUGCUACUGUUUCUAAUUUGUCUACCGACUUAUUAUUACCUUGGUAUUAAUACAAAGAUCAAUUUUUAAAUCUCUACGAAUUAUUAUUACAUCUCAAAAACUAUUUUUUUCUCAAACACUUUUCAACUAAACAUAUUUUGUACUUUUUUUUAAUGAUAUCCCAUAUUUUAACUCGUUUACGUUGAUACGCCAAGCUAUUAUCAUUAUGACCUAAUGCCACUAUCAUUAAAUUCAACUAUAUUUGUUGUAUACAACACUUACCAAUUAUUAUUCUUAUUUUAAAAUUAUAUCGUUUGUAUUUCUGUAAUCUGUUUAUAAUCAUAUUCAAAAAAUAUGUCUGUCUAAGAACAAUAUAAAUUCGUUUUCUCAUCCCCAUGAAAUGUAUUAAAUAAUCAUAAUUUGCCAAUUGAAAGCCCAAGGUUUUAUACAAAUACCAGUUCUUAUAUUUAUUAAUUAUUAUGAGUUAAGUAUUGCUCAUAUAUCAUAAAUCAGAAGUAUAGAAUGAUAAUAUACCUAAUAUAAAACAAAUAAUAAAAUGUAUAAGUACUAUUUCCAUAUCACCAUGUUAUACUCGUUACAGAAUAAUCUCUAUGAUAAAAUAUAUUUCAAAAACAAUUUAAUUUUAACUAGGUAUAAAUAAUAUUUGUAUAACGGAGAACAUUAGCGUGAGUUUUUUGAAUAUAUAAUAAUUUUAAUUUUAAUUAUUAAUAGUGGUAGGUAAUGUAAAUUUUCCGAUUUUGCCUAUAUCAUAAUAAUAUAAUGUGUUACUACUUACUAAGUAAAUAUAUUAAAGUAUCUAUACAAAAUCUAAACUUACUUACUAAAAAUAAAAAAUAAGCACUUACACCAUCUUUUAUUUUAAUCUUAAAAUGGUACAGUUUUGAUCACUGGUUCAAUCUAUUCAUAUUCAAAAAACAAAAAAGUAAAUAAUUAUUCCUUCAUUAUGAAAAUAUAAAUGUUGUUUUAUCAUCACUGUGAAAUUUACGAAAAAUAUUUAAACCUAUUUGUCAAUGUAAAAGUUCUAGGUUUUACAAUUAAACGCCAUUAUUACUUUUAUACAAGGAACCUGGUUAGUACGUAAUAUAAUAAAAUAAGUUAAAUAUAAGUACUAUGUCACUAAGUCUAGUAUGUUUAAAGACUUAAAGUGGCAUAAUCUCUUUUAUUAUUAGAAGGCAUUUUACCAGAAUACCAAAAUUUCAAAAUUAUGUGAAUUGAUGUAGCUAGAGUAAAUAGGCGUGCGCGAACAUAUGGUUUAGGGGGUGCCCAUUAUAUAUAAUGACCCAAAAUAAUUUGUUUUAAAUUUAUUUUCCUUCAAGCAAAAAAUCACUAGUGGGUGACUUCUUAAUCACGCAUACCAUGUUUUCAGUCUCUUUUCACAUAUAUUUAUUAAUUAUGCUAAGUAGUAGGUAUAGAUUGUAUAUUUAUUAUAUAAAAAAAAAUGUAUUAUAAUAAAUAACAACCUUCUUGUAUAGCAACAGUAAUACAGUAUAUUAUAAUUUAUUUUAAUAAUACAAUGUAUAAUAACAUGUAUUAUUAUGUAAUGUGCCACAAAAUACAAAUGUAUUGUUUUAACAACAUUUAAUAAAAUGACAAUUUUUUCAUCAUAAUCUAAAUUAUAUGCUAGUUCUUAUUCUACGAAUAUUAUAAAAGUAAUGAUUCUAAUCUAUCUUGGCCUAUAUUACAUUUUGGUUUAUUUUUUACCAUGUUUAAUUUCUAAAAUAUCUCAUGUACAAGCUGUGACUGGUAUUGUGCUAAACAUUAUUAAUGUUAGAUAUGUACCAAAGUAUUGUUAAAAAUAUCUAACAUUACACUUUCUAUUAACCAAUCUAACCACUAAUAUAUAGAUACACUGGAUAUACUACUUGGUACAUCAGCCAUAUCUUUGAGAAUAUUAAUUUCAGCCUCAAAUUUUAUAACUGAUGUAUUAUAUAAUUUAAAUAAAAUAUUUUAAGAACAAUGAAUUAAUUCUAAUUUCAAUAUAUUUCCUAUAGCACUAAACAAAUAUUAUCUUGUUCAGGCACGACCUGCUCUCCUUUGCAAUUUAAACAUACAUUUAUUAGGGCCUGAUAUAUAUAUAUUAUUAUUGGUGACUUAAAUGUAAGUUCGGAGUGCCCAGUCACCCCCGACACCCCUAUGCGCGCCUAUCAUAAUAAUACAAGGUGUUAUAGUUAUUAAGUAUUAGGUAAUAGGUACUUACCUAGAGCUAAGUAAAAAUAUAUCUAGAUAUAAAGGUCAUAAAGGUCGUGAAUUUUCAUUAUUAAUAAUAAUAUAAUCACUAUUGAUGGAAAAAAAACAUUUUUUAGUUUAUAAAAUAAUGUAUUCUUUCAUAAAUUUUUAUUUAUUCAUGUAAAAAUAUCAUGUUACCAUUAUACAAUAAGCUUACAAAAUUACGAUUACAAUAUAAUUAUUAGAUAUUUAUUAGUUAAUAUAAUUGAGGAAGAACCAAUUUAAAAAGUAUGAAGUACAAUGAAAGCUAUAAAAUUAAAUUAAAUUAACCACUUACCAUCUACAUAAUAUAUAUUUUAUAGUAUUAUACUAUAUUAGGUUUUAAUUGGUAUAUCUAAUUAAGUUAAAUUAAGUUAAAAAUCAUUAUUUAUUUAGGUAAUGCCAAUUAUUGUCCUGUUGUACAGUACUAAAAUUAUUUAUGAUAUUUUGUUUAGGUAUAAUAUCAUAAACUAGAGAAUAAACUAUUUCAGUUUCCCUCACUUAAUAAUAGAUAUAUUAAUUAAUAUAUUGUUAAAAUAUUAUGCAUACGUUUUAUUUGAUGUUUUUCACAUAUAGUUAAAUAUAUUUAAAGCAUGCAUUACAUUUUUAAUAUAGGGACAACAAAAUAUGAAAAGUAGUAGAGUACCAUAAUAACAUAACCAUGGGUUUUUUAUAAUUUCAGCUAGAAAAGUAUAUUUUCAUUUCAACCUUGAUUACAUAAUUUUGAUAUAGUACGAAAACCAAAAGACCUACCUAUACAUUUAUCAAAACUUCCGAAAAAUACAUUUUGGCUGUUACAUUAUACCAAUAUACGUCCAUUUUACAACAAUACAAAAUACUUACCACAUUAUACAUACCUAAUAUCAUUAUUAAUUUCAUAUUUCAUUUGUAAUUCAAUCAUAUUUGAUAUUAUUAAAGUAAAUGUAAAAUGACCAAUCUAAACUAAUUAAGAUAACUAAUACCUACAAAAAUAUUAAUAAAGAGAUCAGUAAAUCUUGUGACUAUCUUAAUACAGUUGGCAAAUCUUCUAUGUAACUUUGUAGGGAAGUACAAAAUAGAUGUGAAUUGUUCCAUUUAUAAUAAUUUAACAGUCAUUCCUAUAAACAUCAACCAUGACCAAAAUUUUAUUUUUAAAAAAAUUAGUUGAAGAAAUAUUAGACAAUUGCAAAACAAAAGGAGAGCAUAAUAUUAACAAAAUUUGUAUAAAAAAUUGUAUAAAAUAUAAAUCAUACAUUUUUAGUGGGUUUUAAAUUUGUAUUAUUACUAUGUUAUUAUAAUAUUUACUUAUCUGAAUACUAAUGUAAAAACUACUGGGUAACCUAUAAAUUAAAGAAAUGAUUGGUCGUUCACUCUGUAUAGCAUAACUUAAAUGUAUUUAUUUAUUUUUUAAUGUUAUAAUACAUGUGUUAUGUAAAUGCCUAUAUUGCAACGCCUAUAUUGCAACUCAUAGGUUAAAAAAAAAUUUUAGUUCAAAUUCUCAUUGUUAAACCUACUACCUACAGAAUAUUAAAGUAAAUAAAGAUAUUUAAAUUGAAUCUCAAGCAUCAAAACAAUGGCUUCAAUAAUUACUGUAGUAAAAACUAAUAUAUUUCAUUAAACCAAAAUAUGUUAUAAUCACCAAGAGAAAAUAACUAUCAUUUUACAUUUUAUGACACGUGUUAAAUGUUACAAGGCGGCAUUACAAGCUGCAGCCACUAUAGCAUACAUUAAAAAAAAAUUACUUACCACGCUUAGCCUCAUAAAAAAGCACACCUUACAAUUAAUGUCGUUAAUCCUAAAAUCUUCUAAAUUCUAUAUGUAAAAACCGUGCUGGUGAUAUAUCAAUAUAAUUAAACAUGAGUUAAAUUAAUCAAUUCUCUAUUUUGGGGCUUACUUCAUAAAAUAAAAAUAUUAAUUUAGUAAAAAGUGUUGCUUGGAUCGGUCGUUAUAUACAAAUUAUAAUAGCAUUCAAUUUUAAACUCAAAAAACCAAAAGUCGAUAAGAAAAUAUUAAUAAAAUCAAAAUGAACAAAACAAGCAAUAUAUUAUAAUUGUAUAUUUGGGCUGAAACGAACAAUUUGCUAAAUUAAAUGAUACCUAAUAAUAGUUGUUUAUUUAGGUAAUAUAAAACAUUUUGUUGAGUGUUUUUAAUUUAUUGUGUGUAUGUGUGUGUAUGUGUGUGUAAUUGUAAUAUUAUAAUUAAAUGUUUGUUUGAAAACAUACCUAUGUUAUAAUAAAAUAGACCUAAGUAAUUGGUAAAAUUACAAGAGCAUUCGCAAUGAGGGACGAGAAUGAGAAGACACGGUGGGACAUUGACCCAGUUCUAAAACUUAUCAGUCUUAGGCCUUUGAUUUUAAUGUUUUAUAAUUACAAUCAAUAUAGGCACUUAUUUAAAAUUAAUAAUUCUAUAAGUAAACUUAAUAGAUUUUGACACUUUUUAGAUUAUGAAAUCAUAAAUAAUUAAUCAAAUUGAUCAUUGAUUAUAAAAAUUAAAAUAACUCUUCUCCAACGUAAAAAUAUUAUGUAUAACGAUAUAAUAAAAUAAAACAAAUAUUUCCAUUACCCUUCCAUUGAAAAUGUCUGCGAAUGCUCUAUUGUAAAUACUCGGUAGUAGGUAUAACUUUAUAUACUAUUUACUCAAAUAUCGGUUACUCGUGUAGUCGUGUAUCGAUAAAUAUAACUUAAGUUACCUAAUCAUGUUGCGGAGAGUCAACACGUUUAGAGCUUACAAAAUAUAUAAUAAAGAAUAGUUAUAAUUCAACAACGAGACAUAGGUAUUAAUUAUAUAACAUUUUAUGUAAUUAUACUGUUGCUAAUAAGGAUAUACCUAGGAUAUACCUACAUAAUAUACUACAUUGUAAACAAUUUCUUCAAUAUUAAACUUUCACAUGACGAUAUUAAAAAUCAAAAAUAAUACAAAUAAUGACAUCUAGUAUAGAUAAUGUUAAAUCUACGAUCGAAGAAUUUUAAAAAAAUAUUUGCAUAUAGCUUAAAAUGUUACAGGUCAAAUUGUAGACCGUCGUCAUUAAAAAAUAUAUUUUUUUUUGAAAAUAAUUAAACAAAUUUUUGAAUUUUGUUACCAUAAUAUUAUAUUUUUUUUACCUCAUUAUAUUUGAAUGUGUACUGUAUUGCAUAUUUUGAAUACAAUAGUGUAAAAUUGUCUUAAGAAUUUCGAGUUGACACGGUAAACCGAAAUAAUCGCGUCUCAUAUUUCAUGUCAGUAUUGUUAAAUGUUCACGGAUUGUACCAUACAAUUGGGUCCUCUGCCUCUGUUCAUGAUGAACUCGAUAGAAAUGUCGAGACUUCAGGCGUUUAAAAAUACACCCACAUUCAAAAUCCCGAUGGUUAUUUUUUGGGUGACUGAAACAGGUGGUAGUCGCCAUUUAUAGUUUUAUACCGCAUCAUCAGACUCGGGUACGCCAUUGGCUCGUAGUUAGAGUGACGUGCUAAAUUUAUAUUUUCGAAAUAGAAUAUUAUAAUUAAAUAUAACUGUGUAAUCUCAUAUUGUCACAUUUCGAAUUAAAAUACGUCUGUAUUCUGUGAAAUAUUAUACAAACGUCACCUGUGAACUAAUACUCCCGUUCAAAGUAGGUACCUACCUACUUACAACUGUUUACUUUGCACGAGCUCAUUGGUAAUAAUACGUGGUAAUUAUUAUUAAUUUUUUUUAUAUAUAUAUAUAUGCUUAUACAUAUAUACAUAUUUUUAAAUAACUAAUUUCAUUCUAUGUCAUUACUAUUAAAGCUAUUUAUAUCAAGAUAUCAGAUUUAUUAUGUUAUGUUCGAUAUUAUUGUGUAUUAAUAUGGUAUGUUACCACUUAGGUACCUAUAUAAUAAUAUUAUAUAUAUUAUAUUAUAUAAAUUACAAUUAUGUGGCCGUGGCGUUCAUUUAUAUAAUAGUUAUUAAUUUAUUAUUAUAAUCAAUGUUGAUGUCGCUAUUAUUGUAUGCUUACAAUUUAAAAACAAAUUAUAUUUACUGGUGAAAUUAAAUAAUAUUCAACUAUAUAUAAUUAAUGAUAAUAUAUAUGUUUAU